AUGAGUUCUACCCUCCCCGAUCAGUUGUUCUCGCUGGCCACAGUUAAAUAUCUAGGAUACGAUGACGAGGCAGCCUCUCAAAUCUGGAAUAAAUGGACUGCCCAAGCGCCCGGAGUCGACCCUGUUCCAGAGUGCAUUCCUCUUGGUCCUUUUGAACUAACAUUUAUGGACUAUGUCGUCGGCUGCUCCUACGGUCAUCGCUACGACCCCGAUCUCAACGCCCAUGAUGACGACGAUGCGAAAUGGUAUGAGUGCAUGGAUCGCUGUGGGAUCAAUAAAGAUACUCGAGACGCAAUCAUGGAUCCGGUUUUUAGGCACACUCGCCUGACUGAAUCGUGCAUCUUUUGGAUCCGCAACACUAUCGAAUUUAGAUAUGAGGCCCUCAAAUCAUCAAUACAAGAAGCGUCUCGAGAAAUGGAACAAGCUAGCCCGGAGGAUUCUACCUCUCAAGGUACCUCAAGGGGAGGGAUUGGUGCCCGUUCCGACUCCGAAACUAUUCGAAUGACUCCAUGGGUCUCUCAAGAUACCGCAAUGUCAGAGGCCGCCUUGUGUGCCACCAAUGCACCAGGCUCCCUUACACUAUACAGAGGCAUGGAGAGGAGUCGCUUAACCACACUGUUCGAUAGCAACGGUAACCUGGAUAACAUCCGAGCAUUGUCGUCACGCCCGCCCACAGACUUCGAUGGCAGAGGUUCUUCUUAUUGUUUUGUCGUUGACCGAGACGUUGCGAUCGAAUAUGCUGCCUUUACCAAACGCCGUAGUGAUAGAAGCACGGUAGUAAUAGUCCACGCUACCUUCGAAAACUCGACAAUAGAAGGUCUUUCAGAGGACAAAUUCCAGCGGAUAUAUUGGCCCAGCGAAGAGUGGAAAAGACUCAUCUUUUUCUCGAGGAGCAUGAAAAGACUUCCAUCGGACCUAGGGAAGUUCAAUCAAGCGUCGUUGAUCAUUGGAACCCUCUCAGCAAGGCCAAGUCUAGCCUAUGUCAAGAUGAAAUGUUAUACAGAGAUUACCGAGGACAUGGUUUCGAAGAAUGCAGCCCGCCGCGAUGCAGUCCAAUACGCCUUCCUGGGUGAUGAAGGGGAAGAGCUAUUUGAGAAAGCCGAGUUGAAGGUGUUUCCCAUCACUCCCGAUGAAUUCAGUCAGUGGCAUAAAAAGGCUCAAGAAGAAAUGGAGUCUCGAGGAUGUUUAUGA